GUAGCCGCUCCUGGUGUACUUAUUGAUGCCCGGCUGGUAACGCUGCUCAAGCCUCGCAGGAUUCAAUUGAUUGGACUGUCAAGCUAUAUCAGUAUAGCCAGACCACGACAUCCGAGGCACAAUCAGCUUUCUGGGCAUUCACAUAUCGGAACCGUCUGAUAUGAUAUUGCAGGACCAGAGAGUGAUUGAAUCGAAAGUCCCGAGAACCGAACGUGACAUCCGGCUGACGCCAUCGUCGACCGAUAUGCAUUCUGUAGUUGUCCUCCACCAGCAUUACUGGACUUCAUGGGUCUGCUCGAUGUUGUACUCUAACAGCGCACGCACGGAUGGAUCCCUGUGGACAAGAGAAAACUUUCGGCGGUCAAAGCUGGGCAAAUCCGAGAAUGCUAGUACACAAGUGCUGAGACAGACACCACGGUGGAUGCUUAGCCAAACCCCUUAUCUUGAUAAAAAGAGGGUGUCGUGACUAUUGGUAACGUUCCGAAACCAGUCAGAGACUCGAUCCCGCGACCACCUGCUAUGGAAAGCGGUGAGUUUAGCAAGCUGCGUGUUCCGUUUGCGUUUGCAUAUGCACUGCACUGAACAAUUCAUCCAUCACUAGUAUUCAGAGGAACCGGCCAUGUCCAGGAAGUAAAGCACUAUAGGUGCUUACUGGGUGAGGAGGUCAGGCCACAGCCAUGUCCACAGCUAAUGUGGCAUCGAAUCCGAAUCCGAGUCCAAGGACGACACGACAUCCCACCAGGCCCGAUCAGAAUAAAUCUGUGAACGUCGAGUGAACAAAAAGGUGGGCCAAGAGGGUGCCUAGCUUAGGUCAAGCAGGCGAACAGGUGUUCAUGCACUGCACUACUAGACGUGUCCAUCAUGUUGUGCCGCCUCGAAAACAAAACAAAAAAAAUCCACCGCCUGCCGAACCGAAUGUCACUGACACUGCUUUUCGUUUUUGCCGACAUGUCGCCGCGCACCAGUCUUUUGCAGGACGUACAGUACAGGUGAGACUGAAUGUCGGAACAAAUGACAUGACUGUUGAACAAACCCACCUGCAGCUCGGCGAACGUGCAGAUGAGGGCGGUGGAGGGUCGCACGUCAGUCCCCGUUCAAACAGCGGCUGCAGACUUGUGCGACUCCGGGACCCGGACUCGGCCAGAGGAAAGGAACAAAGGACAAGCGAAGUCAGACUGUCUAUUGGGCGAGGCUGCGUGGGUCGUAAAGUACAGACUCGGACUGAGAAAUAUUGACCAGCAACACCCAAGUGACGAGCAAGAUCAUGGAAUGUCGUGGACAUGGAGGGACUCUGCAAGGCACCCAUGUCGAGUCAAGUCUAUACACAAGGAGGAGUUGAGGUGCUCGCUGGUAGAAGCUACACACUGUGCUAGCGACGACCCUUAGUAAGCAGGGCCAUCCUUAUCACGUGAUCUAUACUACUGGGGCCAAUAAAAAGCUUGACGCUAUGCUUAGUA